AGAGAACUCAAAAUCAGAGCUAAGUAAGGAGAGGAAGAAGAUUGGAAGAGGAAGGAUAAUAUGAAGAGUUCGGUAUCGGAACAGAGUUUUUUGUAUGAGAGUGAAGAUGAAGAAGAGGAUCAGGAGAAUGUAGUAGUGAACAAAGAUGAAGAAGAUGGAAAUGAUUCAGAUGCUUCCGAUGAUUCGACUGAAAAUCAGAGACGACGAAGCAAGCCUGAUUCGUACACUACUACUUGGCCACAAAGUUACAGACAGUCGAUGGAUAUGCUUGGCAGUGUGCCAUCACCUAACAUUGGGAUAUUAGGAACAUCAUCUUUAACAAGAUGGGGAAGCUCAUUUCUAUCCUCCUCCUUAACAAGAAGGCAUACUCCAGACACGUUAACUUCAACCUCAAAACCGUUGCUCCCCACAGUGACUGACGAGAAUAAAGACGAGCAGCAACCACAGCCACCGCUAUCGCAACGACUAAGCUCUCACUCUCUCAUUCUCCCUUUCACUUCAAGGCGACCAUCAGGCAUAAAAAAGGAUGACAAACCUUCCAAAGUUACACACGAGUUUCCCACUGCUCGUCGAAGCUCAUUUAGUCAAGCCAUGCUUAAUGGUGGAAAUGUGCUAUGUGGGGUUGGAAUACUAACGACGCCUUAUGCAGCGAAAGUGGGAGGAUGGCUUGGACUUUCCAUUUUGUUACUAUUUGCUGUGAUCUGUUACUACACUGGACUCCUCCUCCGUGACUGCAUGGAAAGUAGACCAGAGCUCGAUACUUACCCAGACAUUGGCCAGGCAGCCUUUGGCACCACGGGUCGAAUCGUAAUCUCGAUAAUAUUGUACCUGGAAUUAUACGCUUCUUGUAUUGAGUACAUAAUCUUGGAGAGUGAUAACCUGUCUUCUCUAUUUCCAAAUGCGCACUUAAAUGUUGGUGGAUAUGAGUUAAAUGCACACCUUUUAUUUGCUUUGAUGACUACUAUUGCUGUUCUUCCUACUGUUUAUCUCCGGGACCUAUCCGUUCUUAGCUACAUCUCCGCUGGUGGAGUUAUUGCAUCAAUAUUGGUAGUACUUUGCUUGUUCUGGAUUGGAUUGGUUGAUGGGGUCGGUUUCCAAGGGAAGGAGACAACAACUUUACUGAAUCCUGCAACCCUUCCUAUUGCUAUUGGACUUUAUGGCUAUUGCUAUUCUGGACACGCUGUUUUCCCCAAUAUUUAUAGUUCAAUGUCAAAGCCAAGUCAAUUUCCUUCAGUCCUCUUAACAUGUUUCGUUGUUUGUACUUUGAUGUAUGCUGGGGUUGCUUUUGUGGGAUAUUCAAUGUUUGGAGAAUCAACGAUGUCACAGUUCACUCUCAACUUGCCAACGAACUUGGUUGCAUCAAAGAUCGCCGUCUGGACUACGGUGGUUAACCCAUUUACCAAGUAUGCAUUGACAUUGACCCCAAUUGCACUGAGUCUAGAGGAGCUGAUACCAUCAAAUCAUCCUCAGUUUCUUAUAUUCUCAAUCCUUAUAAGAACUGCUCUUGUCGUCUCUACCUUGCUUGUGGGUCUUGCCAUCCCUUUCUUCGGUUUGAUUUUGUCGCUUAUUGGGUCACUUCUCACCAUGUUCAUUAGUUUAAUACUUCCUUGUGCUUGUUUCCUGAGCAUCCUCAAAGGGAAAGUAACACGUUUGCAGGGAAUAGUGUGUGUGAUAAUAAUGGUAAUAGGGCUGAUAGCAGCAGCCUUUGGAACUUACUCAUCCGUGUUAAAAAUCGUCCAGAAUUUGAGUACCUGACCAAUUUGGCAAUUUUAUUCCACCAAAUAAACCCUGCUUUCUUUUUUAUUUAAUUGUUCUUCCCUUUCCCUUUUCCACUUCUAAUUUUGAUCUUUAAUUUUUAUUUCACCCAUUUUUUAUAGUUACUACAAUUUCUAAUAUAGAGUUUUGUGUGUUUGUUUUUCUUUCUUUUGAUGUUUUUCAAUAUACUAUUUUUAUAAUAAAAGUUUACUACCAAUGGAAUUUUGCUACCGCUUUAAUUCUUAAA